CUGUCACGCCUAAACAACGGGUAUCCAGGUUACUCCGUGUACACAAUAAUCUAAUACGACACCACAGCGAUUAAUACACAGGCCAACCGUCCGCCAUUACGACAUAACAAAACCCUCAACCGAUAGGUCAUUGGUAAGAAUACACCACCGUGUACAGUACGGGAAAGGAUUUCUCAGGUGAGUGUCCUGCCCUGAUCACAUGACCGAUUCUGACCAAUCCCAGCUCGCCGUGAUAUCAGGAGCUCCCGACCAGGAACCGAAGUCCGUCCCCUUCUAUAAAUACAACCAGCCGCCGCGCCAGUCCGCUCAGUUCAUGAGCUAUAACCGAGUUACGCCCGACAACAAGCCCCACCAGGACAUGGCCUCUUACAACAUGCAACAACAGCAAGGUUUCGUCAUGAAGGAAGACCGAGACAACAGGCCUAUCGGCUCUUAUGAAGAUGAAGAUGCUGGUCUUGGAUUCUGCGGCUGGAUCAUCACCAUUAUCUCCUACAUCAUUGUCAUCUGCACCUUCCCCAUCGCUCUGUGCAUCUGCAUAAAGGUUGUGCAGGAGUAUGAGCGAGCCGUCAUAUUCCGACUGGGGCGGCUGCUGCCUGGAGGAGCCAAGGGACCUGGCAUUUUCUUCAUACUGCCUUGUACCGAUGACUACAAAAAGGUGGACCUGCGUACCCUGUCAUUUAAUGUGCCUCCACAAGAGAUCCUGACCAAGGACAGCGUGACCGUGUCCGUGGACGCCGUGGUGUACUUCCGCGUCAGCAACGCCACCAUCUCGGUCGCCAACGUGGAGAACGCCAACCAGUCGACCCGCCUGCUGGCCCAGACCACCCUGCGUAACAUCCUGGGUACCAAGAACCUGACCGAGAUCCUGUCUGACCGCGAGAACAUCAGCCACACCAUGCAGUCCCAGCUGGAUGAGGCCACUGACCCCUGGGGUAUCAAGGUGGAGCGUGUGGAAAUCAAGGACGUGCGCCUGCCAGUCCAGCUGCAGCGUGCCAUGGCCGCCGAGGCUGAGGCCGCCCGUGAGGCUCGUGCUAAGGUCAUCGCCGCUGAGGGAGAGAUGAACGCUUCCCGCGCCCUGAAGGAGGCCGCUGACGUGAUCGCCAUGUCGCCCUCGGCCCUGCAGCUGCGUUACCUGCAGACUCUGACCAGCAUCUCUGCCGAGAAGAACUCCACCAUCAUCUUCCCGCUCCCCAUCGACCUCAUCAACAACAUGAUGAAAAAGUAGAGCGCCACGGUUGAGGCACAUCAGUUAGAAGGCUCCUGCUGAUUGGCUAACGGAUGGAAAUGUGCGGAAUACGUGGCCUCAACUGACUAAGGAAAUCCCGUCUUGUAACUUGUGUGCCUUGACUGUCGGGAAGGGAGGGCUUGCUUUUACAUAGCGGCAACAGUCAAAGGCUUUGGACUUCUUUCUCUGCAUUGCUGACAAAUUCACCCCCCUCCCCUUUUCAUCUUUAUGUAUUAGCUUACAGAUUACAAAAAUCAUUUACAUAGAGAUGAAGAGAGGAAAAGUAGUGUAGCAUUUGAAACAUUCCAUCCCUCACCAUACAUAAACAAUCUACCAACCUCUCCAACAGAUUACAAAGAUGCAGUAACUGUAAGUUUAAGGAAUUGCUAUCACCAAUGCAGAUAAGAAGUCCACUAUCUUUACUGAGGAGAAUUGUACCUAAAGCCUUGUGAUCUUGUACCUCUGUUGUUGAGUGUCGGCAAUUAAGUCCUCUGUCUACAUAUUUUAACGUAGGAUUGUAAACACUGUAUAAGUGAAACACAUAGUUUAAUUAGUGUGAUUAAUAACUUUCUAUUAGUAAAAUUUGUAAUAUAAUCCUUCAAUACCUAAGGUUGGUAUUGGUAGUGAGGUUGAAAGAUGAAAAAAAUUUGUUCUAAAAAUUAGUCAAUUGUCUUUUUGAAUUAGGAAAUCUCAAAGUUCUCCAAGACAGAUUUUUAGAUUUUUUAUUCCAAUGGUGAUGAAUUUAUCAAGAAUUUAGUUUAACUAAUCUUAGGUGUUGGACGAUGAUACUAUAAUUGUACUGUACCUCUUGACUUUGCUGCCAAAGAAUCUUAACUACAAGGCAAGUUCUGUAUGCUGUACUGAAAAAGUUUUAACUAAAGUAGAAAUGUCAGUUAACAGUUCUCUGAUUUCUGUAAUUGUUGUAAUAUUUUAAUUUGUGUGUGUUUGUGUUUCUUGAUUUGCGUCGGGAAACAUUUUAUAUAUACAAGAGGUCAUCUUCUGUUUGUUUGGAGAUUUCGUACGCAGUGUGCAGUGUAUGUGUGCUCCUUUUUCACUCACCAAUGCAACCAAUGCAAGCUUAGUGAUUACACUCAAUGUAGACAACUUGUUUGGUCUGAAAUAUACACUUUAGUCUUCUAGAUUUUCAUCCUCUUUGACAGUUAUUGGAAAGAGAACGGAUGCUUUUGAAUAACAUAAAGCUUCUGCGAAAAUCUUAUGAGAUUCAUGUGAAUAAAACGUACAAGCAGAUUAUUAGACUAGUGUUUUGCCUUCAAAUAAGGAAAAAUGCAUUUAGCAUUUGAGCUCUCAUAUGCUUACAGCAUUGAACAGUCGCUUCUGCAUUGCAGUUCUGCAUUGUCUACAGAUCUAUUGUGCAUGGAUUGAGUGCAAAUGCCUGGCUUGAGCAUGUUUUGCACUUUUUUGAAGGACACAGCAGUAGCUUGCACUGCACUUUUAGUGCUUUGUAUGAGAUUCUUGAACAUGCAUGCAGCAUUUGCGCAUACAAACUAUGUACAUGUAUAUGCUUCUGCAACAAUCAAAGAGUCAUGCUGUAUUGUAUUUGUGUCAAGUUUCAAAACCUGAACAUUGUUGAGCUUUCUCAUACCUUUAUGAGUCUCCACGAGUCUUAUCUUUUCUGGCUUUUAUUGUUUUUUUUUUUUACCUGGUGGCAAAUCGGAUCUGUUUGUACUCGGUUUCUUGUAUAUGUAGCCAGCCUCUAUACAGGAACAUAAUGUAAUACGAAACCAGUAACAGCACAUAAUUAAUAUUAAGAAAAUGUGUCCUUUCAGUUGGAGUCUACAAUUUUUGAGGUAAGACGUUGGACUUAUAACCAGUCCUGUAACUUUUCAAAAGAGUCCUGCUGUACUGUCAACUUCUAACAAUUUUUUCUCGCCUCUAACGUGAUUGUGGAAAGUUAGGAAAUACAUGGAGAAUCUUGACAUUGUUUGAGUGAGUCGACCUGGAUUGGUUCAAAAAGUAAGACAUGUUCUGAAGUUUGGUCAGGGUGGAUUUUUGUACAUGUGUAUGCUUGUACAUAAUGCAUUCCAUAUUCACCGUCAAAGUAAUCAUUAGAAAUUCAAGCUUCAUUUAUGUGAUCCACUGGGUUCAUUUGGUGUAUGUCAAGGACAUUCAAAAUGGUAUAUCCUUAGUGCUUGUUAUAAUGAAUAUACAAAAUAACCAUAUUUCCCACUGCAGUUUUCAACUUCUCUUACUGCUGAUAAAGAUUGUACUGAUCUUAGUAGUGUUCUUUGUAACCAGGCAGUGUUGAUGUUUGGAAAUUAAAAAAAAUAUUGAAAACC